GCCAAACUGGAGACAUUUCGAAAGUGAAAGCAGGUUAUUUGGGAAGAUUUCCAGGUCGAAUAAAAAUCAUUCUGGCGGUUCGAGCUCAUUUUAAAUAAAUAAAAAAAACCCAGCUCAAAUUCAGGAUAUUAAUAGGCUGCACUAGCUGAUCUGAGGACAGUGUGGACAAAAUGAAGGAACCAUUCGUGUGUUUCAGCGUCGUGUUUUUGGGCGUGCGGCUCAUAAUGGCUUCAGACACUAUAGCCAUAAACUGUACUAAGGCAGUAAUCAAGGGGAAAUAUGGUUCCUCUGUGAUUCUCCCAUGUUGGCUCACCUCUGAGAUGAAUGCAGAAUCUUUGGAGAUUCGUUGGUACCGCCCAGACCAGUUCAGCAGUCCGCUACUGUUUUACCAGAACCAUAAAAUCAUUACAAAAUAUCAGGAUACGUACAGGAAUCGGAGUUCAUUGACCGCGAGAAACCCUCAGUCUGCCGGGCUGAAACAGGGAGAUGUCUCCUUGAGGUUGGACAACCUUGGCUUGCAAGACAUAGGGGUUUUUCACUGCUAUGUGAGCGGAGACAAAUCGUAUAACGACAACACUGUGAAACUCAAUGUAACUGCUCUAGGUUCUCUGCCUUUCCUUUCUCUCAAGUACUAUCACGACUCUGUGAACGUCAGCUGUUCUUCCUGUGGCUGGUUUCCUCAACCGAGUCUCAUGUGGAAAUCUACCAGUGAAAAAGGAGAUGCUCUUUCUGAUCCUCAAUCCCUCAUUUACAGUGAACAGGAGAAUGGCCUGUUUUGCAUUUACAGCUGGGUCAUCCUUUCGUCUUCUGACUCUAACUUGAUCUCCUGUUCUGUCACUCUGUCAGAAGACGAGAAGAGAAUUGUGAGCGUGGAUUUAGGGGCCCGCCUAUCAGUUGAUAAUAGUGGAGUGUGGAAGAUUCUUUUCACUCUGGCGCUGUUAUGUGUACUGGCCCUCGUCGGCACUGGCCUCUUCCUCUACAGAAAACAUAAAUCAGAAUAUGAGAAAGUGAACUCAGCUGAACCAGUAGGUGAACAACCAAAGGAUACAAACUUGAAGGAUUUGAGGAAAGCAGCAGAUACAAGCUUAGAGGACUUGAGGAAAGCAGCAGUGACCAUCACAUUCGAUAUGGAGACCUGUAACAAAGAAUACCUUAGAUUUAACAGUCAAGGUGAUGUUGUGAGAGAUAAUGCUGCUGAUAAGUAUAAAGGACUUGGUUUUCCUUAUGAAUUAUGUGUACGUGGAAGAAACAUAUUCAGCUCCGGUCGUGCAUAUUGGGAAGUUGGAUUAAAACAAGCAAAUGCUGACCCCAAAAAGUCAUGGCUGAUUGGAGUUGCCAAAGCUUCAUAUAAAAUAAGUGACAAAAAGAGUGAUUUGACGCCUUUAAAUGGUUUUUGGUUUCUGUGCUUUCACCCAGAAAAUGGCCUCCGUGUUAACACCGAGCCAGAAAUCUCACUUCAGUUAAACAUGGCACCAGAGUGUGUUGGCGUUUUGCUAGAUUUUGACAAAGGAGAGCUUGCAUUUUACAAUGUUACUAACGGUGAGCAUCUCGUUUCAAUAAUAACCGAUUUCCAAAAGGACAUUGUGCCUCUGUUUAAUCCAGGAAUAGGCGAUAUGUCUCCACUUAAAAUAAUUAACCCAAAGGACAAUACUCAAAACGAGCCUGGAGGGAGUGCUAGUGUUGAAGUCAGCAAUGCAGAUCAACACACGUAACGUAACACUAAUUAAACAAUGAUUGGGCUUUUAUCAGGUUGGAUAUAAAUGGAUGUGUUUGUAAAUAGUGUGCAGGAGCAUGUACACAAGAACUGUGGUUUUGUGAAAAUCCAGUUAGUUUGGAAAAUCUUUUGUAUCCUACAAGGGUUCCUGAGUUUCCUGAGAAAUGUGUAUAUAUAAGGAGACUCACUUAAUUCACUUAUUGAACUCAAUUACACACACAUCACUAUAAUGAACACUUUGUGAAACUUAGUCAUUUCAUAUUAAUGACAACAAUCCCAAAAGAAAUAAAAGUUUUAUGGAGUUUUGCAUCACUAAAUAUAAAUCAGCUGUCCCAUGAAACAUGCCUAGUAAUUUUGAGCUGAUUGGCACUCAUCUACAUAUGCACGAGCACAAAAAAAAAUCAGUAUUAAUGAAAGUUUGGUAAAUCUGCGGGAAUUUUUAAUUUUUGUUGACUUUCCCUCACUGUGACCUUAAGGGCCUUUCCACUACUUUACAGAUAAAACUUGUUAGAUGAUUGAUGUCAGAGUAGAUCGUAGAACAAUUUACCUAUGAGGCAUUGCUGUGAUCCUGACACAAUUCCCCUUUCCACACAAAAAUGACAGGAAGCAUGUUUCUAACUGCACUCCAGUUUUAAACAAGAUCCAUUUUGUCUAAAACAUGUCAAGCAGUGGUGUCUUUUUAAAUAAAUUGUACCUGUAGGAUUGGUUACAAGGUCUGUAAGUUUCCAGACUUGGGAAAAUCAUCAGGACGGACGAUUUAGUGCUUCAUGAUUUCUUGGAAACAUGAAAAGCUAAGUUUUUUUUUUUUUUUUCAGGCAUAUAGGAACAUCUGUUUAUAGCUACUAUAAGUGAUAACAGGAACUUAUUUCUUUGGAGGAGUUCCACAACAUUAAAAGUAAUGAUAAGUGGAUAAAACAGUAUGUGUAGUUCAUUAAUAAAUUAAAAAUUGCAGUCGUUGACGAAUUGUGGUCCUCUAAGAUAGUGGCUGGGUGAUUUUCAUAGAUGAAAAUGCUAUUUAAAAGUUUAAACCAAUACGAAGGAAAAACACAGCCUUCGUAACCUGAUAAACACCUCCUACAGCUUGCACUACGUUCAAACACUGUGCAAAAAAAAAAAAAAAAAAAAAAAAGCCAAGAUAAAUAGGCAGCACUUCACCGAGGACUGAGCUCGUAGCAAGGAAAGGUUCAAAUACAACGUCAGAGAUAUGGGAUUGAUACAAGUUUGAAAAGUCAGAUGAACAAGUUUAUGGGAAAUAUAAUGCUGCAUUAUAUCCUUGCGUCAAUGUUCGACCUCAGCACAUUCGACAGACAAAAUGACUGAACCCCCCUAUUCUCGUAUUAUGUUAGCAACAAGCUAGGCAGCUAACCCCGGAUGAGUGAUGUAUAUUUUCUUUCUCAUAUAGUCACUCUGUAGUCAGUGUUUUAGAUUUAACAAAUGAAUAUGUCUGUAUGUUGAUUGAGAAUUGAGAUUGAGAAUCUUUCGUAAAGUUGAAAAAAAUCAACUUUUUUUUUUGCAAUAUUGUCCAGAUACUUUAGGAUGUGUUGUUAACAGUGCCUCUUCACACCAGGCCAUAUUACAUCACCCUGUUGUUAAUUAUUUUCCUAUAAAAGAAUACCCCCAAGUAUUUUAUUCUUUACAUAAUACAGAGGGCCUUUAAAGGAAACACACAUUCACUACAUCAGUUCUUCCAAUAUGUUGCAAGCCCUCUUAAACAAAUGCUAAGUCUGGAACCCAAUAGGGUUCUUCGGGUUCUCCUACUGAGGCUAUUAACCGUCCAAAGAUCUUGGACAUUUUUAACAGAAGACAUUUUAGAAGAAAUAAUCCUGAUGUAUUAUCUGAAAAUGUUCCGUGAGAGUCUAGGGCAAUGAAACAGAACACCACUACAUAGUGAACACCACUGAAUUGUUAUGACAUUGUACUGACGUGCUAAACUUUUUUAACUUUAUAUUUUUAUGUGUUUAUAUUUCCUAUUGUAACAUAAUGUGAUAGCUAUGUAUCAGUUGUGGAAAUGAGUAUCACAUAUUGAAAUUCACUGAAGCAUUCAUUUUUUUUGUCAUUUGUAUAAACAUAUUUUGAAAGUAGCACAAGUAUAAUUUAGCCUUUACUCAAAUGCUUUAGGUAUGAAUUUGCUCAGGCAGCUUUUUUUAAAAAAUAGUGCAGUUAUUUGCAUCUGUUCUGCAUUUAUAUGAUGGAUUGCUGAGCCAAAUUUUAGACACACACACACCUGCUUGCAUUUAUGAGUGUCAGCACUUAAAUUAUGUAACUGAUUAUUUGGAAAUAAACAUUUAAAUUUUUUCUUAA